UCGUAGUGUUUACGUUUACCCUAUGCGUUUACCCCGUCUCAGUUGAGUCGCAAGCGAUAGUGAGCUAAGAAAGCGGAUACAAUAGAAUUUCUAUUUCACGUAUUUGCCCACGCAGUUUGGGCGUAACGUUGUAUUUCAAUGGGCGGUCACGGCGUUUUGGGGAACGAGCCCGAAUCUAUCGACUACUCGGUGCACGAAGCCUGGAACGAGGCCACCAAUGUCUACCUGCUGGUUAUCCUGGUCAGCUUCGCCCUGCUGAUGUACGCCAGAAAAAACAAGAGGAAGAUCAUGCGGAUCUUCACUCUGCCUCCCACGGUCGGCAGCAGCCCCGAGCCCAACUUCUACGACAGCCUGCAGAAGGUGCGCCUGCGGCAGCAGCUGGAGAUGUACUCUCUGGCCAGGAAGUUCGAGCAGGGCCAGGCCGACAGCGUGCAGCUCUCCAUGGAAUGAGAGCAGGAAGGACCCCUCCCCUUUCUGUCGGAGAAGACACGCCUGCGUCUCCGAGUCCUCUGUGCGUGGACAGGAAAGCGUCUGGACGGCUGUCACGAUCGCACAAAACAAUGCAGAAGACGCUCCUCUCAUCCGAAUUCUUUUCUGUUCGGCUCCUCGAAUGAGAAGCAGCGUCAUUCACCUUUUUGUGAGUAAUUUACUAACAAUGACCUUCUGUCGUUUUUUCCCAUUUAUUCCGCGUGGAGUAGGUACAGCUGGAUGGAGACGCCACAUAUGCAGCGUGGCGUCCCGCAGGGACUCUAACAGACUGACAUGAUGUCACUGAGAUACUUGAAGUACGGCGGGAGAUUAAAAGAAAAAUCACCAGAACAAGAUCCUUCAGUUUUAACAUUGGUUCUAGUUGUUUUUUUAUUUGUUUUUACUUGUUUGUUCAACUGUUUGUGUGUCAGCUGGUUAGUAAAAUUCAAAUAUGAAAAUAAAAGCACAUAAACAUAAAGCAGCAGAGUCAGCAAAU